AUGGCUGGGGAGCUGCAGUCCCGGAAGCUGCUCCCUGCGUGCUGGGACCUGACCCCCCGCUCAGGCGGGCGCACCGCGGCACCGAGCUUCCCAGCGGGCGGGCCGGUUGUCCUGUUGGACUCGAAGGAAUCGCAAGCGGAGCUGGGCUGGACCUCGCACCCAUCAAACGGGUGGGAAGAAAUCAGUGGCGUGGAUGAGAAUUACAAGCCGAUACGCACGUACCAGGUCUGCAAUGUCAUGGAGCCAAACCAGAACAACUGGCUGCAGACAGGCUGGAUUGCCAGGCGCGAUGGCCAGAGGAUCUUCAUCGAGCUGAAGUUCACCCUGCGGGACUGCAACAGCAUCCCUGGCGUGACAGGCACCUGCAAGGAGACUUUCAACCUGUACUAUGUCGAGUCUGACUCCGACCUGGGCCGUAGCGUCCAUGAGAGCAAGCACACCAAGAUCGACACCAUUGCUGCUGAUGAGAGUUUCACGCAGGGGGACCUGGGUGAACGUAAGAUGAAACUGAACACUGAGCUGAGGGAGAUUGGGCACCUGAGCAAGAGAGGCUUCCACCUGGGCUUCCAGGACGUGGGAGCCUGCGUGGCGCUGGUCUCCGUGCGCGUCUAUUACAAGAAGUGCCUCGCCACUGUGCAGAACCUGGCUGUGUUUCCGGACACGGUGGCGGAGACGGCCUUUGCAACUUUGGUGGAAGUUAAGGGCACUUGCGUCGCUCACGCUGAAGUGGAUGUGGAUAAUCCCCCCAGGAUGCACUGCAGCGCGGAGGGCGAGUGGCUGGUCCCCAUAGGGAAAUGCACGUGUGGUCCCGGCUUCGAGGAGAAGGAUGGGGGAUGCAGAGCUUGCCUUCCUGGAUUUUACAAGCUUUCCCUCCGUCUCCCUCUCUGCUCCCCUUGCCCUGAGCACAGCUUCACGCAUGAGGAAGCCUCCACGUUCUGUUCAUGCCAGAAGAACUACUCCAGGUCUCCAUCAGACCCACCAUCUGCCUCCUGCACACGUCCGCCCUCUGCCCCACGGAACCUGGUCUACAGCCUGCGGCAGUCGUCGCUGGUCCUGGAGUGGAGUGCCCCGGCUGACGCGGGUGGCCGGAGCGACCUGACCUACAGCCUGUGGUGCAGCCAGUGCCCGGCGGCUCCGCGGGGCCGCUGCGAGCAGUGCGGCAGCAGCGUGGGUUUUGUGCCGCAGCAGACGGGGCUCGUGGACCGGACCGUCACCCUGGUGAACCUGCUGCCUCACAUCAACUACACCAUCCGCGUGGCGGCUGUCAACGGCGUCUCGGGCGUCAGCCCGCUGUCAGGGCAGCAGUACGCCGAGGUGAACGUCUCCAUCAGCCUCGCAGCGCCGACUCCUGUCACUGACAUCCGCACGGAUAAAGUUGAGCAGAAGAGCAUCUCCUUGUCGUGGCAGGAGCCGGGCUUCCCGACCGCCAACGGCACCGAGUAUGAGGUCAAGUACUACGAGAAGGAUCAGAGAGAUCAAAGCUACUCAACUGUGAAAACCACGUCAACGGCCGUGACGGUCAAUAACCUGAAGCCUGGCACCCUCUAUAUUUUCCAAAUCCGGACAUCUUCCUCGCCGGACUACGGAAACUACAGCCCUAGUAUUGAAGUGGAGACGCUGGCAGAGUUGACGGUGGCCUCCAGCGAGCAGAACCCCGUCCUCAUCAUCGCAGUGGUGGCCAUCGCAGGGCUGACGGUGCUGGUGUCCAUGGUGAUUGGCAUGAUGGUCUGGAGGAGACAGUGUGGGUACAGCAAAGCCAGCCAGGAUGGGGAUGAGGAGCUGUACUUCCAUUCAGGGUCUCAGCACAUUAAAAUACCAACCAGGAGGACGUACAUCGACCCUGACACUUGUGAAGACCCCAUGCAGGCCGUGCACCUCUUUGCCAAAGAGCUGGAUAACGCUAGUAUUAAAAUUGAGAGGAUCAUUGGGACAGGAGAGUUUGGAGAAAUCUGCCGGGGAUGCCUGAAGCUGCCCAGCAAGCGAGAGCUGCCGGUGGCAAUCCAGACCCUGCGGGCAGGGUGCUCGGAGAAGCAGCAGCGCUCCUUCCUGGCGGAGGCAAGCACCAUGGGCCAGUUUGAUCACUCCAAUGUCAUCCGCCUGGAGGGGGUCAUCACCAGAGGGAGUACCAUGAUGAUAGUGAUGGAGUACAUGGGGAAUGGUGUGCUGGACUCUUUUCUCAGGAAGCAUGAGGGACAGUUCACGGCCACCCAGCUCGUUUGCAUGUUGCAGGGGAUUGCCUCUGGCAUGAAGUACCUGGCAGAAAUGGGUUACAUCCAUAAAAGCCUUGCUGCCCACAAAGUCCUUGUGAACAGCAGCCUGGCUUGCAAAAUAACUGGUUUCAGACGGCCACAAGAAGAUAAGAUGGAGACCAUCUUCUCCACCACGCGCGGGAAGAGCCUGGUGCUGUGGUCAGCCCCCGAAGCCAUCCAGUAUCACCACUUCAGUCCGGCCAGCGACGUGUGGAGCUUCGGCAUCGUCAUGUGGGAAGUCAUGUCCUAUGGCGAGAGACCCUACUGGGACAUGUCCAACCAGGACGUGAUGAAGGCUGUGGAGGAUGGGUUCCGCCUGCCCGCCCCGGUGAACUGCCAGCCACCCCUCCACCAGCUCAUGCUCGACUGCUGGCAGAAGGACCGCAGCCAGAGACCCAAAUUCUCGCACAUCCACAACAUCCUGAGCAAGUUGGUGCAGAGCCCGGAGCCCCCAAAGUGCCCCAACUCCACGUGCACCAGCACGUCCAUCCCCCUCACUGAGCGUACCUUCUCAGCCUUCCCAUCUUUCAGCUCCGUAGGCGAGUGGCUGGAAGCGAUAGAAAUGGGCAGGUACAAAGACAACUUCACCGCUGCGGGCUACUGCUACCUGGAAUCAGUGGCCCGGAUGACAGCCCAAGAUGUCCUCAGCCUGGGGAUCACGCUGGCGGAGCACCAGAAGACCAUCCUGAGCGGGAUCCAGACUCUCCGGGCCCAGGUGAUACAAAUGCAUGGCCGAGGCGUGCAGGUGUGA